AUCAUGGGGAGCAGUAAAAGUAAACCCAAAGACCCUAGCCAACGGAGACGCAGUUUGGACUCCACAGAAAAUAUACAUGGCAGCUGCUCUACCUCUCAAACGCCCAGCAAGACUACCAUCCCAGAAACUCAUCGUACUCCUAGUCGGUUAUUUGGAAAUACAGCUACAGAACCAAAGCUCUUUGGGGGAUCAAAUACAUCAGAUAUGGUCACUUCUCCUCAGCGCUGUGGCGCCUUAGCUGGUGGAGUCACAACAUUUGUGGCCCUCUAUGAUUAUGAGUCACGGACAGAAUCAGAUCUUUCUUUCAAAAAAGGAGAACGCCUCCAAAUCCUCAAUAACACGGAAGGAGAUUGGUGGCUGGCUCACUCUCUCACAACUGGCCAGAAAGGUUACAUCCCCAGUAACUACGUCGCACCUUCAGAUUCCAUCCAAGCAGAAGAAUGGUAUUUUGGAAAGAUAACCCGCCGAGAAUCUGAACGAUUACUGCUCAAUCCAGAGAAUCCCCGAGGGACUUUUCUGGCAAGAGAGAGUGAGACUACAAAAGGUGCCUACUGCCUCUCUGUCUCAGAUUUUGACAAUGCCAAGGGCCUCAAUGUGAAGCACUACAAGAUACGCAAACUGGAUAAUGGUGGCUUUUAUAUCACAUCCCGUACACAAUUCAGCAGUCUUCAGCAAUUAGUUGCUUAUUAUUCCAAACAUGCAGAUGGUUUGUGCCACCGUCUUACCAAUGUUUGCCCAACCAGCAAGCCUCAGACACAGGGCUUGGCAAAAGAUGCUUGGGAAAUCCCUCGGGAAUCUUUGCGACUAGAGGUCAAACUUGGACAAGGCUGCUUUGGAGAAGUCUGGAUGGGGACCUGGAAUGGUACCACCAGGGUGGCAAUCAAGACUCUAAAGGGACCCUGUUACAGAGGUCUUCGUAAAGAUGUCCUCCGAGUCCAAUACUUCUUUGACGCGUUUGAAUUCCUGACAACUUUCUAUUCUACUGUAGGGAGCCUCCUGGAUUUUUUGAAGGGAGAGAUGGGCAAGUAUCUGAGACUGCCCCAGCUGGUGGAUAUGGCUGCACAGAUUGCUUCUGGCAUGGCCUACGUGGAAAGGAUGAACUACGUUCACAGAGAUCUCCGAGCUGCCAACAUCCUUGUGGGGGAGAACCUGGUGUGCAAAGUAGCUGACUUUGGACUGGCACGACUGAUUGAGGACAAUGAAUACACAGCAAGACAAGGUGCUAAAUUUCCCAUCAAAUGGACUGCCCCAGAAGCUGCUCUGUAUGGUCGGUUCACUAUCAAGUCAGAUGUUUGGUCCUUUGGAAUACUCUUGACAGAACUUGCCACCAAAGGUCGAGUGCCGUAUCCCGGCAUGGUGAACCGGGAAGUCCUAGAUCAAGUGGAACGAGGCUAUCGGAUGCCCUGUCCACCAGAGUGCCCAGAAUCUCUACACGAUCUGAUGUGCCAGUGCUGGAGAAAGGAUCCUGAGGAAAGGCCAACCUUUGAAUACCUCCAAGCUUUCCUGGAGGAUUACUUCACAUCAACAGAGCCCCAGUAUCAGCCAGGCGAAAAUCUAUAGGUCUGAGGACUGGAUCAGUUGCCACAAGACUUUAUGCUGCUCUAAUGGCAAGUGUGCUCUAGAGAGGAACUUUUGAGUCAUAUUAGGACUCCUGCUGGAGUACUAGCCAGGGUGUUUUUGUCAUUCUGACAAGUUGCCCUUCUUUUUAAGGAUUGCACCAAUUACUUUAUCAUACAAAUGUGGUUAAUGAAAGACUUGAUGGAUUGUGAGUGAACAAAGUCUCAUUUCAAUUUGAAGUUGGUUGUGGUACAGCAGAGGAGUUUCAGGAACACCAAAACUUUCUGCAAAAGAAAAGAUCAAGUAGGAGCAAGGAUCCUACUCCUGAAGGUCACUUAUUUUCAGGAUUGUGUCCUCCAUCAAAACCACUCUUGACUAUGAUUAGAAGGAAUUGCCAUCAGGACAAUCCUGCAUUUGAUGCAGGACCAUCCUGCAUCAAAGCACUUGAGUCAUUUCUGAUUGAAUUCUGAUGCUAAGGAAGUAUGCCUUUCAGACCCUCGUGGCUUUUGUUCUUCUUUAUGGACAAAACCAGCACAAUUUCCCUACUUGUAUUCAAAUAUCUGGAUCUAGGCUGACUGAAUCCAAGGAAAAAAAAU